AUGUUUGGAAUCGCUUGCAAAAAAAUAACGCGUGCUACACCGCUACGAAAUGCGGUGACAAGGACUAUGUCAUCAUCACCCCGUGACCCUCUCAAUCGUCCCUCCCCGCCUUCUCUUCCGCGUGCUCAACAACAAGAAUUCGAAAAACUAUUCCGCAAGGCGCAAACGCCGCUCGCACAUGAUGGUAGUGGAGAUCUUGCUGUGCACCCGGAUGCCCGACCUCCAGUUGUGCCAGAGUUUGAAGGUGAUGUCAAUCCUGUCACUGGUGAGAGGGGUGGACCGAAGAGAGAACCGGUGAAGAAAUGGGGUCAUGAGGGUGAUUGGAGCCAUAAAGGGAGGGUCUCUGAUUUCUGA